CGAUAUCCAACAUGGACACCGCCCGGCAGGAAGCAGCUCUCUUGUAUGUGGUGCAAUCUGGCACGCUGAUGAUGGAGUACCUACGAGCCCGUGGGGCAGCCUCUUCGGCCGCAGCCUCCCGACGUCGGCGCGGUGGACGCCUCCGUUCGGUGGAAAGGCGCUUCUGGGCUCGGCCACGCAGCACCGAGUGGUGGGACCGGACCGUUCUGGAGACCUGGGACGAUGGCGAGUGGUUGCAGAACUUCAGGAUGUCCAAGGCGACCUUCUUGAACCUGUGUGCCCGGCUGUCUCCGGCUUUGCAGCGCCAGAAGACGCGGAUGCGGAUCCCGCUGAGCGUGGAGAAACGGGUGGCCAUCGCCCUCUGGAAGCUGGCCACCUCUGUCUGCUACCGCGACGUCGGCAACCAAUUCGGCGUGGGCAGGUCCACCGCUGGCUCGGUGGUGCUGGAGGUCUGCCGGGCCAUUCAGAGGGUCUUGAUGCGCUCCACAGUGAACGUAGGGAACAACCUGGCCGACAUCGUCCGCGGCUUUGAAGCCAGGGGGUUCCCCAACUGCGCCGGUGUGGUGGGCACCAGCCACAUGCCCAUCUUGUGCCCUCCUCACCAAGCAUCAGAGUACGUCAACACCAAGGGCUACUACUCAAUGGCCUUGCAAGCUCUGGUGGACCAUCAAGGGAAGUUUACCCAUCUGAGUGCAGGGUGGCCCGGCAAGACUCACGAAGCCAAGAUCUUCAACAAGUCCACCUUGUUCACCAAAGGGCAGGAAGGGACACUCUUCAUGCCUGGUUCCAUGGAGAUCGAUGGUGUAUCGGUCCCUCGGGUCAUCUUAGGAGGGCCGGCCUACCCUCUCCUUCCGUGGUUGAUGGUGCCCUACGCUGAAGGUCUGGAUGAGACCAAGGAGGCCUUCAAUGCCACGUUGAGCCAAUGCCAGGAACCCCUGGAAGAAGCCUUCAGCCGCCUGAAGGGCCGGUGGCGCUGCCUGACGGGACGCAACGAUUGUGCGGUGGAGAACCUUCCCCGCCUCAUCUCGGCCUGUUGCGUCCUGCACAACAUCUGUGAGGAGAAAGGAGAGGCCUACGAGGAGAAGUGGGAAAUGGAGGCUAGGCAGCUGGCCGCCACCUUUGAACAGCCUCUGCAGCGGCCUGAUACACGCAUUAAGCCCGCCGCACGGUCAGAGAAGGUGCGGGACACGCUCUGCAUGUACAUCUCUGGCAAGAUGUGA